CUCAUCUCGAUAUUACGCCAAAAGCGGAACACCUUUCCGUCACAUUCUCCACCCCAAUUUCCCUUCUUUUAUUCCGUUUUCUGUUCACCUUUCGUCUUCUUCGACGCUCUUCGCCUCUCGUUCCCGUUCCAAAAUGAGGAAGGAGCGAAAUGAUGAACCGGGCGUCGACAGGCUCAAACAGCGGCGGCAGAGGAUCAGGAAGAUCAGCGACAACAAGAAGAGGAUGCGGAUGGGGUGCGGCUCGAUGGUGGGCUCCGAGCGUUGCGUCUCCUGCACCACCUUCAACAUUCUCGCGCCCAUCUACAAACGGCUCAGCGAGGAGGAUCAGAGCUGCAGGGAGAGCCAGUACAGAGCGUAUUGGUUGAGCCGGAACGAGAGGAUCAUCGAGCGGCUCUUGGGCGAUCGUUCCUCCAUAAUCUGCCUCCAGGAGGUCUGGUUGGGGAAUGAUGAGCUCGUCGAUAUGUAUGAGAAGAGGUUAGGCGAAGCUGGUUAUGUCAGUUUCAAGCUCGCACGGACGAACAAUCGUGGCGAUGGACUCCUCACUGCUGUCCACAGAGACUAUUUUAAGAUAAUAAACCAUCGGGAAUUGCUCUUUAAUGACUUUGGAGAUCGUGUUGCUCAGCUGUUACAUGUUGAGUCAGUUGAUCCUUCUUGGCAAGAGCAAAAAAGCAGCAUUCAGCAGCAAGUCCUCAUUGUAAAUACCCAUUUAUUAUUUCCUCACGAUUCUAGCUUGUGUAUAGUUCGUUUGCAACAGGUGUAUAAGAUCCUUCAGUAUAUAGAGACAUAUCAGAAAGAGCACAAUCUUGAUCCUAUGCCUAUCAUACUCUGUGGCGAUUGGAAUGGAAGCAAACGAGGGCAUGUUUAUAAGUUCCUAAGGUCCCAAGGGUUUGUAUCAUCAUACGAUACUGCUCAUCAGUACAGUGAUUUUGAUGCUCACAAGUGGGUUAGCCAUCGCAAUCACCGUGGGAACAUCUGUGGAGUUGAUUUUAUAUGGCUUUUAAAUCCAAAUAAGUGCAGGAAACCCUUGAGAACUAGCUGGAAUGAAGCUGUAUUUGGCAUUAUUAAGUAUCUUCUUCGAACAGCUUCUCUUACAGAGAAUAAUGCGUUUGCAUUCCUUAAAGUGGACAGUCCUGGUGACUACAUUACCUACUCUGGUUUCUGUCAGGCACUUUGUCAGCUGGGUGUAGCUGGCCAUCCUCAUGGUCUUGGUCCUAAAGAUACAAAUGAUCUAUGGGUUCAAGUCGACAUUGAUGGAAAUGGUGUCGUGGACUAUGAAGAGUUUCAGCAGCGAAUUUGGAAUCAUAAAUGUUCAGAGCCACCCGAGGAGAAAAUAGCACCGGGAAUCGACGGAACACAGAUGAUGGGAGGGAGACAGCAGACCUUGGGUUUUAACGUGAAGGACGCUGUCCUCUUCCCACCAGAAGUCGAGCGAGGGAUGUGGCCAGAAAAUUAUUCUCUCUCCGAUCAUGCACCACUGACCGUUGUGUUUUCACCUGUAAGUGUUCCAUGUGGUCAACCAAUUUGCUAAUCCCUGAUCUGGGGAUUCAGAUUCAGGUGUUACCACUGCCUCUUCUCUGUGUAAAGCUCGCAGAGCUAUGAGUAGGGUAUUUGACGAUAUACACUUGUAACUACGAGAGAGAGAGAGAGAGAGAGAGAGAGAGAGAGAGAGAGAGGAUGAAAGUGAAGCAGUACAGAAUAGAUCACAAUGACAAAUGUCAACGGUUUUGCCAGUCUUCUGAGAGACGUCUUUCUGUCCCAUUUUCAAUGCGACAACAUGGCCUCUCUAAUGUGAAUAUUGUAUAAUUCUUUGCGUC